AUGAAAGCGUAUGUUAGUCGCCUAUACACAACUUUUGCCCCGUUGACGCUCGUGACUGCCCAUCUGUAUUUUGGUGUUUAUCAUUGUUGUCAUGGCUACCAUCUUGACGUGGGAGGCCAGCCUGAUCCUGUGCCCGCUGCGUUCGGGUUGUAUACCACUCUGCUGGAUCACGACUCCUGGCUCAUCUCUGGAGCUGCUGUCUUCGAGCUCGGCUCCUACAGACCGAGCCUUCUGAAGCCAUAUUUGAGCCCGACUUGCUGUAUUGCCGUGGGCUCUAACUCGAAUGUCACGCCGGCAUUGGCUGUAGCAUUUUGCAGUGGCCGGCUCGAGACCCGCCGGAGCAGCUGGCGAGGUUUGGAGGACAGCAAAAUGGCGUUUGGUUCUGGAGAGGACAAACCCUGUGGGAGACAUGUAGAGGCUCCACCCGUCUUUCCAUGCGUCGUGGACAGCUGA